AUGGAUCAAGUAAUGAAAGAAGUUUUCCUACCUUAUUCUGUUCCAGAAAUUGGAAAAGAAGAAUUGAAUCAAGUAACAAAAGUUUUAGAGUCUGGGUGGCUUACAACAGGAUCUGAAACUAAAAAAUUCGAAGAAGAUUUCUCUGAAUUUUUAGGGGGUACCAUCAAUAGUAUUGCUGUAAAUUCCGCAACAGCUGGGCUCCACCUUGCUCUCGAAGCUCUUGGUAUUACUCACGGUGAUAAAGUCAUUGUCCCAACAUUUACUUUUACAGCUACUGCUGAAGUUGUGAGAUACUUAGGAGCAGAUCCAAUAUUUGUUGAUAUAGAUCCUAUCACACUUAAUAUUUCUCCCGCUAAAAUUAGCUCUGCAAUUACAGAAAAAACAAAAGCUAUCAUGCCUGUACAUUAUGGUGGCUUGUCUUGUCAGAUGGACGAAAUCCUUUCUAUUGCCAAACAACACGAUUUAAAAGUUGUCGAAGAUGCUGCUCACGCACUCCCCUCUACUUGGAAGAAAAAAGUAAUUGGGUCACUAGAUUCAGAUGCAACAGUAUUUAGCUUUUAUGCGAAUAAAACCAUGACAACAGGCGAGGGAGGCAUGAUCACAAGUCGCCAUCCAGAUAUCAUUGAUCGUAUGAAAGUAAUGCGUUUACAUGGUAUUAAUAGCCAGGCCUUUGACCGAUUUAGAUCACAGAAUGUGCAAAGUUGGCAGUAUGAAAUUGUUGCUCCAGGAUUCAAAUAUAAUUUAACAGAUCUCGCUUCUGCAAUAGGCCGCGUACAACUUAAAAAACUUCCUAAAUUUCUUAAAAGGCGAGAAGAGCUGGCCUCUAGAUACUUUAGUAGUCUAAAAAACCUUCCUUUGAUACUUCCUGCACGUCCUCCCAAAGGGGAUUUACACGCAUGGCAUAUAUAUGCUAUUCGCUUAAACGAAGAUGCGCUUGCUAAUGGCUACACGAGAGAAAAAAUUCUCACUUCUCUUUCAAAGUCAGGUAUUGGAACAAGCGUCCACUACACUCCUCUUCACCGCCAACCAUAUUGGCAAAGCAGGUAUAACUUAAAACCACAAGAUUUUCCUGAAGCAGAAAACGCGUACAAGUCGAUCUUCAGCAUUCCUCUAUACACUUCUAUGACAAACGCUGAUCAAGAUCGCGUAAUUAAGGCUUUACGCGUUAUUUUUUCAUGA